GAUGACUCGACGCUCCACGAAUGCGUCUCUUCCUCUGAUUCCUCUUUCCUCUCCCCCUCCUCUCCUUCUUCAUCUUCCUCCCUCUAUCACUCUUUACGUCGUGUCUUUCAUCUAGACUCGCUCCUUGUUCGUCGUCUCCGCCUUGAUCGUUCGUCUCCGCAGCCGUCUUAUCGCCGCUUGUCGCGUCCGCCCACCAGAGGGUUUCGACUGAACCGACAUCGCAUACACUCUGAUAGACUCUGAGCCUGAACAUGCCUCCUCCUUUAAUAGACUAUGUCGCCCAAUCACUUCCACAGCACUGUGAGCCCUCGUCGCCCUUUCUCACUACGAUCUCGUCCUAUCUCCACAUAUGCCUGCCCACCCCACUUGCCCUCCUCUCGUCGACCCUCGGCACGCUGAGCAUUCUAUCAUGGCUGUUCGCCCAGCUUCCUCAGAUCUAUAAGAACUUUCAACUGCAGUCGACUUCCGGGCUAUCUAUAUUUUUCCUGAUCAUAUGGUGUUUUGGUGAUAUGGGCAACCUGCUCGGCGCUCUUCUUACUCGGCAAGCCACCUGGCAGGUGAUCAUUGCGGGCUACUAUGUGUCGGUCGACAUAACCCUUGUAUUCCAGUUCUUCUGGUAUACUCACUACAAGGGGCGCCGAGGCGACGACUAUGCUACUAUUUCGGGUCGCGACGACGGCGCUACGCCUCCCAAUGUCCUUGAGGCCUGCUCGUUUUCCGAGGACGAUUACACCGUGAGCGGUCCGUCACCGCAAGUGGGCGCUAGCUCAGAUUCGAAGAACACCAGCGAUAUCAAAGAUCGAUCUGUCGGCACCAUCAGCCAUGCCUCGUCAUAUUCAAAGGAGAAGUUGAGUUUCUCUCGGCGAUCUAUUGUUCGAUCCGGCGGCGGCCUGAGCGUCCAAAACUCCGCCGCACGAACUGUGUUGCUAGCGUCGAUGCUUUGCGCUGUGGCCGCCAACGCAGCCCCGACCGAUGUUGAUCCACUUCCGCCUUCUUCAGGCUUGACACUUGAAUUCCUUGGCAGCAUUUUCUCCUGGAUGUCCACGGCUCUAUAUCUCGGCUCGCGACCUCCACAGCUGUACAAGAACUACUGUCGAAAGAGCACCUCCGGCCUGUCUCCUUUGCUGUUUAUGGCUGCAUUUGGCGGGAACUUCUUUUACUCCUCGUCGCUGCUAACGAACCCAAACGCUUGGUAUGACUUGCCUCCAUAUGGCGGCGGCGGAUGGGCAGACGCAGACGGCAACGAUCGAGUAGAGUGGGUUGGCCGCGCGAUCCCCUUCUUCCUCGGUGCCUUUGGUGUUCUCUUCUUGGACGGCUUCAUGGGUGUGCAGUUCCUUAUGUACGGCUCUGACGAUGAAUCCGUGAUCGAGGUUGAAGAUCCCAAGCGCGGACGAAGCCGCUGGAAGCGAGUCCACGGGUGGAUGAGAGGCUGGAUCCCCUCUCCCGUGCGCAAACAAACUCCAGAGUCCAGCCCAGAGGGCCAGGCUCUUCUUAACGAAGACCGACAACGUUACGGUGCAGUUUGAUGCUUUGUACAACCACCGACUGUUGUCCCACCCAAUUUUAUGACGUCACGAACUAUACUUCCUUUUUUUCUUUACACAUGAUGCUUCAAUUAGCAAUACAAUUAACAAUCGGGGUCCUUUGAACCUCGCUUUGUCGUCUUUUGUUUGAUUUGAAUCCAUAUUUCGGGCUUAGAGUCAGAUUCCAUUCCUGCAUGGUGCAUUGCGCGGAAGACGAACAGCGCGUUCGGCAUAGAUCUUUCUUUCUUUCUUUCAGUCGUUGGCCCUGCUUGUAUCAGAUUGGCUAUACAUUUAUCAUACACCGGCGUUGACUUGCUAUUUAUUUUGUCUCUUUCUCCGUUUUUUGCGUGAUUCUUGGAUGCACCUUGAUUAGCUUUGCUUUUUGCUUUUGGAUGGCACGGAUUGGAUACAAGACGUGGAAUUGGAUUACUCAGUAGCCCAUUCCUCAUUAUAGCAAUGAAUGGCUCUCUUAUAAACCCA